AUGAACAGAAUCCGGAUCCACGUUCUGCCCUCGAGCCGAGGCCGCCUCACGCCCCUGCCCAGGCCCCAGGAGCCUCUGUCCUGCUCCUUCAGCCACCGGCAGUGCUCCCAGCCACGCCUGGAGGGGCAGGACUUCUGCAUCAAGCACAUCCUCGAGGACAGGAGUGCCCCUUUCAAGCAGUGCAGCUACGUUUCGACGAAGAAUGGGAAGAGGUGUCCCAACGCUGCGCCGAAACCAGAAAAAAAGGAUGGCACGUCGUUCUGCGCGGAGCACGCCCGGAGGAACGCUCUGGCUCUCCAGGCACAGAUGAAGAAAUCCAGUCCUGGGCCUGUGGGCGAGAUGCUCCUUUGCCAGCUGAGUUCUUAUGCCAAAACAGAGCUGGGCUCCCAGACCCCCGAGAGCAGCCGCAGCGAAGCCAGUCGGAUCCUUGAUGAGGACAGCUGGAGUGACGGGGAGCAGGAGCCUAUCACUGUGGAGCAGACGUGGCGAGGGGACCCCGACAGCGAGGCUGACAGCAUCGAUAGCGACCAGGAGGAUCCCCUCAAGUGA